AUGCAUGUGCUAGCCGGUUGCAGCAAGACGCCGUUUCGUGAAUUAGUAGCCCCCGCAACCAGCUCAAGACCCAACGCGUUGCUGCCCCACUGCCCGUCCUCCCUCACGUCACGACGACUUGACCAGAUUGCCAAUGCUCUCUUGGGAACUACACCAUGCUUGAUUGGGGCAGCCAUGAUUGACGUACCCCGGCGUCUGCGGCGCGCCAUCCUCCUCAACGACCUUCCGCUGGUCAAGCGCAUCAUUCGCAACAACCCCAACUACAUCCGCAACCCAGACUUUGACGAUCGCUCAAACACCUCGCUGCAUCUUGCUGCAAAGCAUGGCUUCACCACUAUCGCCGAGUUCCUCGUCGAUGCCGGCCACGAAGAUGGUAUGAUCAGUCGCAACAACGACUGGGAGACGCCGCUGAUGCUCGCCGCCAUGGCCGGCAAAGAAGAAUGCGGCGUCUACCUCGCCAAGCGAUUCCCCGAAUGCGUGGGCUGGAAGAACAAGACGGGUUUGGAUGCACUGAUGCUGGCGUGCAAGUCAGGGUCCGGCACCUUGCACUUGAUUCCCACGUUGAUUAUGCACGGCACAAAUAUACUCUCUGCAUGCGACAACCAGGGAAAUACCGCGCUACAUCAUGCUUCUGCAGCCGGCGAGCUGAAAGCUUUAAGGAUGUUGUUGCAGUACGGUGCGAAUCCGGUUGCCAGUAAUAGUUAUAGCUGGACGCCGGUGCACUACAGUGCGACAAGCGCGGCAGAAGCGUAUUUCAAAACACUGAUAAUCGAGUUUGAGAAGAAGAAGGCGGAGGGCAAGCGGCUGAAUGCUGAGAGGGAACGUCAGCGUUCGGCUGGUGUGCGGUUGGUUACGGAUCCUGAGGGGCUGAAUGGUGCAAAGGAGGCGAGUGCGAAUUCCAGGCCUGAGGGUGCUGGGCACCGUAGGAGCGGUAGUAGGCAGAGAGCAAGAGAUGAUGCGGCCAUUGCGGGGCUGCCCGCUCCUGGUAUGGAGUGGAGUCCCGUGGAGAAGAGGAGAGCUAUGACGCCGACUGAAGGCCGCGGCUGGGCUUUUGCUGCUGAUGGUAUUCGUCCUAGAGCUGAUACUGGAGAGUCUAUCUAGUGACCGACAAGGCUUUUGUAUUGUAUUGUUUGGGUAUGGGGAGUUUGGGUGUUUUUUUGUACUACUAUGAUCGUUCGGAUAGGGAUCGGUUGCAUGAUUCGCCUAAAGGUUUUUGUUAGAAUACGAAGACCACGGAUGCCCCGCUAGAUCGGGAGUCGUUUGGAAUUGAAUCAAGAUCUCAUUCAA